ACCAACCUGGCAAGUGCAAGACAAAGCAGAUGCUAAUAAUGUUGCUUAUACAACCGGGAAGCUAUGUUUUCACACUGAUUACCCUGUUCUGCAGCAUCCACCUGGGGUUCAGUUUCUCCACUGUAUAAAGCAAACAGCUGCAGGAGGUGAAAGUGAAGUUGUAGAUGGAUUUCAUGUAUCCAACAAGCUGAAAAAACAAAAUCCUGAGGCAUAUCAGAUCCUGUCCUCUACUGCUGUAGACUAUACAGAUGUUGGGGUCGACUACUGUGAUUUUGCUGUGCAAUGUAAACAAAGGAUUAUAGAUGUCGAUUCCAGAGGCCAAGCAGUUCGCAUUAAUUAUAAUAAUGCAACAAGAGACACUGUGUUUGACAUACCAGCUGAAAAAGUGAGGCCCUUUUAUGCAGCUCUAAAGGAAUUUGAUGAUUUAUUAAACAGUGCAGAACACAAGUUUACUUACAAGCUGAAACCAGGAGACAUAGUGACGUUUGAUAACUGGCGCGUGCUCCACGGUCGCCAAAGCUACCCAUCGGGAUCGGAAGUGACUCGUCACCUGGAAGGUGCCUAUGUGGACUGGGAUGUGGUCAUGUCAAGGCUCCGGCUCCUCAGGAAGAGGGUACUGAACAGGGACUGAGCUUUCAUAGAACUAGAAUGAGGAAAAUAUAGAUUGUCUA